AUGAAGUCCAACACGUACGAGCUGCACAACUACGCCGAUCUGAAUGACAUGGAUGUGUCGGAGGACUCCAAGGAUUCCCGGAAAAGAAGAGCCAGCGGAUCCCGAGGUGAAAAGUAUUCCCUGCGACAGAAGCGACAGAAGAGGAGCCCCACCGAUGAGAGCCUACCCGACUUUCAUUUGGAACUGGAUCAUAUAGUGGAACCCUCGAGUAAAUCUCGGAAAAAUGCAUCCACCAAGUCCAAGGCGAAAGCACCGCCUUUGAGCAAAUCGCGGAAAACUGCAAAUGCCAGGGAAAGAACUAGGAAGGAAAUCAAUACGGCCUUCGAGACCCUGAGACAUUGUGUUCCCCAGGCAAUAACCGGCGAGGAUGCGGCCAAUACCAACGAGAAGCUGACCAAGAUCACCACCCUGCGACUGGCCAUGAAGUAUAUUACGAUGCUGAGUGAUUCCAUCAGGGAUCCCAGUUAUGAAAGUGAAUUUAUAGGAGAGUGUUUGGAGGAAAGUGCCAAUCGAGAGGACAGAGUGGACUAUGAUAUAAAUGAGGCUGAGGUGGAAGUUGAGUUACCGGUUCCCGUGGCUAAAAAACCAGCCAGCAAGGGAAGUGGCAAGAAGAGUUCCACAGCCAGCAAAAGACAGAGCCAAAAGCAGGCCAAGAUGGUGCCCCAGGCUCAGGCUCCACCACCAAUAAGUUCCGGGGAGUCCUGCUAUGCCACCUCCUCGAUAGGAUCGCCUGCCUCCUCCGCCUAUGCCUCCCUCUCGUCCUCUUUAUCCUCAUCAAACAGCCAGAGUAGCAGUCCAGGAUUGGAGGUGGACAGUUUGGUGGGUCUGCACCAGAUCAGUGCUUUGGAUUCCCUGCUCCUAGAAGCCUCUGAUGGGGAUUCCCUGUCCUGUUUGAGUCCCGGCUAUGGAAGUCUGUUGACUGGCGGCGGGGAAUCCCUGUUACCCAGCUGUCGAGGGGAUCUACCCAUGUCUUGCCUGGAAAAAUCCGAUGUGGAACUUAGUCUGCGUUUAGAUCUAGAUCAAAAAUCCAUGGACUCCUUCGACUUUGCCAGCGAUCAGCAGCCUUCGUCCUGUAUUGCAGCGUUUUCCACGCUGGAUAGUUAUCCCUAUAAUUUACUAGACACCGAUCUAACGGACAUGUUUCUCGCGUGACGCGUAUUUUUUAGUAACCCCACACUGAACUACUCUCUUCUUAAGUUUAAACCCCUCGUUUUAAGUUAAAGUGCAAGUUUUAACCCGACUUUCCACACUUAGCCAUUACAUUGCGAUGCGCCCGAGUGGCCGGAAUUCAUUGUGUCAUAGCGAGCAGCUCCGAGGAUACCCACUUAUAUCCACAUCCUGCGAAGCGAAGAGCUGCUCACCGCCACAUCCACAUGAUAACUCAACUCAACUAGUGAUCUAAGCAUUUCUUUGUGACGCAUUUCUCGUUAUCGUGUAAAUAAAGCACCCAGUGUUGUUUCAUGAAUCAA